AUGCGCGCGACGCCAUUCAAGGAGAAGGAGACAUACGGGUUCAAACGUCUCACCCCAGAUGGCAAAUUUGUGUUUGUUUCGCAGGCCAAACAUGUAGUUCAAAACUUCCAACGAUUUUUUUUCAGAGUAAGAACCAACCACAUCUCCAGUACUUUCUUCGUAGUGUGGUUGAAAGAUCCGCGUUGGUCACGCCAUCAUUUUCGUAUAAACUGUUGAAUUAUUGCAGAAGAAAUUAAGAUCCCAUGGGCGGAGCUUGAAAAAGAGUUUGAUUGCAAGUUGGAAGGACUGACUCCUGAAGAGGAUCCGUACUAUGGAAUUUACUUUAAUAUCGAGACUGAAAAAGUGAGUCCCCGAUUUUGAAAGAAGUAGAUUCUGUGAGAAAAAAAAAAUCAAUUCGGAAAUAUAGUAUGAUUUCAAAAGACUUAUUGCUCCUUUAAAAUGGAAAAAAUUUUUUUAGUGGCUCUUGAAAUCCACGAAAGAAGGCUUGAUGGAUAGAGUAUCGAAGCACAUUAGAAGCCUCGAGCUUGAGUUCAAGGUAGUUUCCUUUCUAUUUUUCUCAUAAGCUUUUAACAAAAUUCUGUCAGAUUACGGCUCGCCUAGUCGAUGAAAAAUACUACGAGAUGUUCACUCCGAUUUGGUCCGGGGAAGAGUGAGUGACUCAAUGAUUUUUUUUUUUCGAAAUUAUCUUAAAAACUGGAAAUUUUUUCUUUUUAAAAUUGCUUUAUUUUCAAUCACUGAAAGUCCGUUUUUCAGUCGUUUCUCUCCACGUGACCAUUCUCUGGCCCUUGAGUCUGGUCGUCAGUCUAAUAAUGAUGAUGAGCAGGCAACAGCCACUGCGAGGUAUUGCUCAGAAAUAAUGUUGAAAGGAUAGCGAAUGAUUAUUGCAUUGAUCGAAUUUCUUGAAAGGAAAAAGAAGAAACUUCAGAGCAACCUGCGACUGUUCGUAUCGACGCCGUUUUGAAAUGCGCUUCAAAGAAGGUCUCGAAAGUCAUAAAUCUGCUUUCACCACUAAAGUUGCUCUCUCAAGGUGUUGCUGGGACCAAAGACCAUCCAAUCAGUCAGUUUUGUUUACUCCUGAUUUUUUUUUGUUUGAAUAAAUGUCUCUGGGAUUCAUUCUGGUAUGAAAUUCAAAAAUUUUUCAGUAAAUUCAUAAAAAAGAUUGACUUGAGCUUCUCCUUUAUGAUCAUUUUUGAUAAGAAACGUUUUUCAGUCAUCAAGUCGACCAAGUUCCUGGUUUAAACGCAGGCUCAGAUGCUCCUGAUGAACCUUCCAUGAUUUCGGCCAGGUAAUUUUCGAAACUGUAAACUGCAAAGUUGGGAUAGCAACUUUACAGCACAAACUUUUUUUUUCGAUGAAAGAAACACAAUAAAAUUUUGAAAACUUUCAGGUCCUCCGCACAGAAUCUCCCUCAACCCCGACUUGCUACUGUUUCCUGCCUUGUGAGAAAGGCCGAGAAGGAUUUAGGAAUCGACACUCGUCUUUGUCUCUGCGCUUGUGACGACUGCUACGAGAAAAAUUGGUGAGGGUUUAAGAAUCAAUGAUGCUAAAGAAAAUCAUUUCAGUCAGAUGAUAGUUAAAGAAGAGGGACCAUCAACGUCUGGACUCGGCGAAUUCGAUGAAAAGAAGCCUUUCUCAUUCGGUUACAGGUGAUUUUAAAAAUUCAACUAUAGUCUGUGUGCCACGACUUGAAAGUUUACCGAACGAUAUUCCGCUGCUCCGCUGCGUGCCUUUAACUGUCCAUUUUUCAAGUUAAGUUCACGCUUUCAAUUUAUUGUUAUUGCUGUGGGAGCACGGGAAAGUAAAGUACCUUAAUUUUAAAAAAAGCAUUAAAAGCGCGACCAAGAUUCGCAAAGGCGCGCGGCGGCACAGCGGAAUGUCGUUUGGUGAAAUUCCCAGUCGGGGUACACAGGCUAUAGAAAUAAUGAAGUCUGGGAAGCGUUGAAAGCUUUCGAUUAAUAAGAAACAAUUCGAAAAGAAUCCUAAUCUUCAGUGCGUCGUCGACACUUCUCAGCCAACCUUCUUACUGCUCUGAGCCCACGACUAACCUUCCUCGUCGCGAAAUCUCCGAACAGUGA